AUGGCGCCGGCUUUGAUUCAGGAAGUCGACGACUCCACGACGUGGAGGCCUACUCUUACUUUGACUCCAGUCGAGACUGAUCUGCAGAGACUACUGCUUGACGUCGCGAACUACAUUGACAACAACCCGGAGGCGCCAGACGCAGAAAGCCAUGUUGCAUUGCCAGAUGAUCUCGUCAGAGAGCCUAUUGUUCUCCGCUUCACAGGUGGUUGGGUCCGCGACAAGCUCCUUGGAGUGGACAGCCAUGAUAUCGACGUUGCGGUCAAUAAGAUGACCGGCUUCCAAUUCGGUCUGCGGCUCAAGGAGUAUCUGGAGAUUCCUGGCAAUCCGGAGAAGUAUGGUCUCGAAGGUGUCGCCACAACAGACAAACAGAACCAGAAAGUAACCUCAACCGACAAAUCGAAAAUCGUUGGCGGCCUUCACAAGAUCGAAGCCAAUCCGGAAAAGUCGAAACAUCUCGAGACGGUCACGACUCGCAUCCUUGGUCUUGACAUCGACAUCGUCAAUCUUCGCAAGGAGACAUACACCGAUGACAGCAGGAACCCUCAGAUGGAGUUUGGCACGCCUGAAGAAGAUGCUCUACGCAGAGAUGCCACCGUGAACGCCAUGUUCUACAACCUAAAUACCGAGGAAAUUGAAGACUUUACUGGUCGUGGCCAUGACGAUAUGCGUGACAAGAUCCUCCGAACGCCCCUUGACCCACAUCAAACAUUCAAAGACGACCCUUUACGUGUGCUACGUCUUAUUCGCUUCGCCAGUCGUCUGCAGUACCAGGUUGAUCCGAAAGCGCUUGCCGCAAUGCGCGAUGCUGACAUCAAAGAUGCUCUGCGGCGCAAGAUCAGUCGCGAGCGAGUCGGUAUAGAGAUCGAGAAGUCUCUGCGCAAAGGUCAUCCGCAUGAAGCUUUGCGAUUGGUAUUCAAGCUUGACCUCUACGAGACCAUCUUCUCCGACCCUACCGUAGAGACUGCGGAUCACUACAAACCCGAUACAGAUGGCUGGCAGACUAUGAUCGAUGUGCUACAGGAUAUGACGGACAACGACCGUACGCUUGCGCGACACCUCACGAGAGAUGAAGAAGAGAAUUUCUCGGCAUGGCUACUCGCUGCGCUUGUACCUUACCGUGACGCACCUCAACCCGAGCCUCCCGCGCCCGGUCGCAAGCUGCCUCCACCAGUCGCUGCUACUGUAGCUAAGGAGGGAAUCAAAGCGACUAACAAAGUGACUGAUCUUGUCAUUGCUGCAGUCCGCAAUCAGCAUGAGAUUUCAGCUUUCGUGGACCGGCUCAACGAGCGGAACCGUCGACCGGAUAAGGCUCUCGAAGGCGACGACCCUGCAGCUCGGGAUAUCCUUGGAAUGGCAAUCAGACGGUGGGGCUCCACCUGGCGCAGUCAGAUGAUGUACUCUUUCUUGGUGGACAUUGUCGAAGAUCAAGACUCUGUUGAAGCUACGCAACGCAAAUACACAGCCUUCGUCAAGCACUUACACGACCUCGACAUCCUGGAAGCCUACAACCUAAAGCCCCUCCUCGACGGCAAAGCCCUCUCCAAAGCCCUCUCCACCCCGCCCGGAACGUGGAUGAAGGACGCUCUGGACGUUGUCAUGGCCUGGCAGCUCCGCCACCCCGGCAUCACCGACCCAGGCCAGGCGAUAGAAGAAGUGAAGCAGAAGCGAGGUGAGCUUACCUCCGUCCUCGUCCAUCACUUCCUGAAGCUUACCAUUCGACCCUUGUUUGCGAAGAACAGGCCCAUCACGGUAACGGAGUCGGGUCGUAAGAUGAUGAAGCCGUGGAAGAGUAGCGUAAACAGUAGCGCGCUGGAUCUGCUGGGAUGGUCCGUGUCCGCGCUGGAUGACAAGCUGGUGGAAGAGGUAUGGCCGCUAGUCGUUCCACCUGUGCUGACGCUGCUGGAUGAUUGGGAAGCGAAGUACAAGCGCAAAGGCGCCGAGCUAUUGCAUGACUUGCUCAAGGCAACGCCGCCGGCACUGUUGAUGCGGACAGGGCUCGCUGAAGUCUUCGAGGAAGCACUGAUGGCGUGCUUGACCUGGCUUCCGACUAUCACACCAGAAGAUGAAUCGAUUGCCCUACUCUCGGUGGUGUAUCCUUGUCUACUUCAACUGUCAAUGGUCCGAUAUUCGAAGGAGCUAUCUUCCAGCAGCAAAUUUCUCGACACCAUCAUCAGGAAAGGUGUGAUCCAAGGCUACAGUCUGGCCAACCAGUACCCGCGCAUCGUUGCGGUACUCUUCCAGGAGCUCGUACCUUUACUGCAUGCUCUAGGCAUAGAAUCAGUCAAGCACUUGAAGUACAUUCUGCCGACCCUGACGGAAACGCUAAUACAUCCGCUGGCAUCCGCGCAAAUGCCUACCUUGACUGCCGCGGUCAAAGCUUUGCAAGCGGUGAUUCUCAAUGGCUGGCCAAGGAUGUCUGAGUACCGCGGUGAGGUGCUCAAGGGUCUCACGCUAUGCUGGCUUAACACACACGAAAUGAAGGGUGAAGAUGCUGAUGGGCUACGGCGGGAGAUGCGGGAGACAGUGGCAAUGUUACGAGUCGCCCUUGGCGGAGGCAGUGGCUUUGACGAAGACUGUCAGACGCUGUUAGUUGCAGACGGCCGCCUGACUGGCCUCCUAGGUCAGGCUUAG